GCCUGACUUUCGCGCGUUUAAAGUUAAUUAGUGCAGAUCGGAGCGCUUUUAUAGCGACUGUGCCGCUGGAGCUUCGGCCGGGUCCGCUGGCGAGGCGCGAUUCCGCGUAAUUAUCGGCAUCUGUUAAUUGCCCGACAGGUUUGCCACUCUCCGGGGUCUUCGUCGCCGGUUUCUAGGCGCGGACUCGGAGCUGGCUUCCGUUUCGGCUGUACUGGCGAUUGUUUUCGAGCGGCCCAGACUCUAAUUAAUUGUGCUCGUUUUGGGAGCGUGUCCCAGGGACUGUCCCCCAGUCGGAUCCCCACCAAUAUUGACCAUUGGCAAGGGCUGUCUACGCAAUUCUCGCGCGGUUGUUUACUCCUCGGCUCUGGCCAAAAAUAAGCCCAUAAACAUUGCACCUCCGGUGACGCAUUUGUCGGGAUCAUUGCAUGUGGUCUGGACACGCGCCCGUCUACCAAGAUUAUUUCACAUUAAGCAUACGCUCCGUAUGACGUACACUUGUGCCUCGACCGCAGAAUAUCAAGAUCGUUUGCAUUUGAUAUGCAAUGUGAGAGUUUUAUUCGUCACAUGCUAAGUUUCUUUCAAUUUGAAUCUCUCCGCAUUACGCAUACGCCUUGUGUGGCAGUAAAAUAUUAUUCUUGUAUUAAAUGUAAUGGACAGAAUCCUUUGAUUCGUUAUUUCAUAAAAUAAUAUAAUUAUGGAGGUACUAGAUAUGAGAACUUUAGAAUUUGAAAGUACCAAGAUUUCGCUGACUCAGGCGAAGAAUUAGAGAGCAGAUGUGGAGAUAUUGCGCACAUCCCCCGCCGAACGCCUCAUAAAUUCAUAAUUAAAUUAAAAAUUUGUGGUUUUUAUAACUCGCCGAGUUAUCGAGUUAACCCACACUAGAGUUAACCGCCUAAAGCCGCAUAUACUCCGGCAUAACCAGCCAGAUCUUGACUUUCAUUCAUGAUCGCCCGGAUUCUGCGUUUUUUUUGGUCGUCAGUCUUUCUCCCGCGAAUCGGAGGCACAGUGAACGCUUUGCGGUUUUAUGAUAUGGAGGCAAAUCGGUUUCCAGGCGCGUUUCUUUAACAAGUUUUCACCUCAGCAUGGACCUUUGUCUCAGCGGAAAAUUUUUGAAAUUAAUUUGCACAUCUCGCAUAUCAACUUUGUGCCCCGGUGAUCUCAUGGCGACCGCUCUAAUUAUGAAGUGUUAAAGAGGCGCAGUUGUAAUUGGAACAAAGUGCACUCAUCCCAGGGAUGCAGAAGUAUCUCGAAGAUACACACAUAUUCCCAAAAUAAUUUGCGGUUUCUCUUUCUCUCCGAUUGUUUUGGCCUUUCAACGUCUUCAGACUGAUCUUGUUUUUAUUUUGAUCGACUUCUUGGAAAUUUAAUUUUAGUAAAUAUAUGUUAAUUCGCGCAAUUAAGACAAUCAACUUGGACUUAACAGCGCCGCUCUAAGAUGUGUUUCUAAAACUCCUGGGUCACAUCGUGUAAGUCCUUGGAAUAUAUUUAAACUAAUUGAUACAAAUUUGAGUCAUGAAGGCUUAAAAUAUUAUCAUCAAUUUUAAAUUGAAGUUGUGAUAGCCAGAUAGAAGGUUUAGCUGCCCGUAAUUCUAACAAUGACUUAUCUCACUCGAAAACUACAUUCAUAUACGUGCAUUCUUAUGUUUAAAAUCUUAGUGAUCUUUAAACUAAAUUAUCCAGUGAUUUUUUUUGGAGUGCCGAAUCAGUGGAGCUGGCCAACAAACAGAACACGGACGGAUGACAAGUAGAGGUUUGGGCCCAAACACCGAGGGAGUAGCACGCGCAGGCACCAAAACAAGUUCGGCAAACCAAGCGAUUAAUGUGCUAACUGAACGUUAUAAUAAAGCUUAGUCGCAACUUUCAGUCGGCCGUUCGGCGGGCGCCAGAAAACUUUAAAAACUCACCGGCCACUGGGCCGUAAACUUAUUUCCGAUCUGAGCUUGGAGCUGAACACAACCAACCGGACCAAAUCAGCAGUAGCAGUGGCCAUGAAGUGCACUUUGCUAACCACCUUGCUGGCGACCCUGGCGGCUUCUUCGUUGGCCGCACCCUUCGAUUUGGGUGAUAUCUUCUCGGGCUUUCAGCCGCUGGAGAAACAGGAUGUGGUCAAGCGGCAGGUGCAGGCCAAUCCCGAUGCCGAGCUGAAGCAGAUCUCCUUCCACGGCCUGAUCGGAGAUCUGGAGGACAGUCUGUUCUCGUCCGCCUUGAGUCUGCACCAGGCCAGUGCGCCGGGCAGCGAGGUCGAGGAGGUGAAGCCUGAAUCUCAGGCUGCGAUCACUGAGGGCGAGGAGCACGCGCUGACCAAGCGAUCUGAUGAGUCCACGCCGGCCACAUCAGUCGUCUCGACCUCGGAUGACGGCCUGGCACGCAAGAUUCUGCUGCAGACCACCAGGAAGGUGCCCGAUGGAGAGGAUGGUGUGCCCGCCCACUUGAUUAUCGAUCGUGUGUCCGUGCAGCCACACAAUGGUGGUGCCAUCCCACUGAUUCCCACCUUCCAGGUGCACCACACCAAGCUGAUCUCGGCCACCAUCAAGGACGACUCCAAUAACGACAGCAGCGAUGGCAAGCAGACCAAGAUUAGCAUCACCAAAACAUCGAUUACGUCCACGGCGCCAAUUGAGAGUGUGGAGGAGGCGGUGGCCCUGGCUGGAUCUGCGACCAACACCGAUGAAGCCACCACCAAGGUAGAGACGACCACAAAGGCCAUCGAGAAGGAGGAGGUUGACAAGAGCUCCACUACCAUCUUGACCAUUGUGAGCAGCUCCACCUCCACCACCACCACCACCACGGAGGAGCCCAUUCAGAAGCUGAAGAAGGACGAGGAGAAGCUGAAGGAGAAGGUGGCCGAGGUGGAGGCCGAUCCCGUCAUCCUCUCGGCUCGCGUUUAAGCCGGUCGACCUCUGAACCCUGUAGCUGUAAACCUCAUCUCUAACUCAUCCCGCCACUCGAAUAUUUAUGACACGCCAAGUUCAAUUAAAGUCAUGUGAUCCGAUCCGAUCUGAA